CAGAUAGCUAAGUGUCAGAGGACUUCCUUUCUCGACGCUGCGCGGAAGUUUUCGCGUCGGAUUCACCGGCGCUGUGGCUCUGCGGGUUUCGAACAGCGCCCGGUUUUACUCGGCACGGUUAUGGCGCAACGGGAAGCGUGAAGACUUGACCCCCGUCUCUCCGCGUAGCGUCUGGCGUGCACCCCGUCACCCAUCACGCGUAUUAGCUUAGUCAUUACUGUACAGUCGCGGGCCAGCAUUCCAUUUGGGCCCUUUGAUUGCUGAUUUGCUUGGGGGCAAGUGUGUCUCAAGGCUUUCACGUACGUAGAAAUUGGCAUCAACUUGCUAUUUUGCCCCUUGAACUUGGGGACCGGAGGGCCUCUGGCCCGGGUGUGAGACGCAUAUGGAUGCGAGGACGUGCUGACUGUUGACGGCCAGUGUGUGUGUGUGUGUGUGUGUGUUUAUACGUACUAGGCCUCAGUCAGCCUUCCCAGCAUUGCGGACAUAACCCACGCCUGUCAAAACCUGCCCGAUUUGGCGGCGACACCUCGUCGUUGCCACAGAGUUGUUGGAAAUCGACGUUCCGGUUUUCCCCCCUAUUUUGCAGCUUGCGUUAAGCGAAUGUGCCCACGCAGCCAAUCGCCGUCAUUCGAUAUCGGUGUCAUUCAGCGUGGACCUGCCUCGGCUAUGGACGCUGUCGUACGGCUCAGCUACCGGCGGCCGAGCCGACCCGGCGGAACAGUGAAGAGUGUGAGGCGGCUCUUAAGAUCCUCUUCCCCACAUGUGUGAUAACGUCUUCUGGACUUUUACGUGGACUACUUUGUGUUCAACGCCGAAUACGGUCAGUACGCGCGGCAUGUAGUUGCGCGGUGUCGCGGAACGUGACGGCUAUUUGAAAGUUGCACGGCUGGCGGACGGCAGCAAAACUCAAGAAGAUAUGGCGGAUCCAGAUUUGGAUUUCCAGACAGGCGAUGCUGGGGCAUCCGCCACCUACCCCAUGCAGUGCUCCGCCCUGCGCAAAAAUGGCUAUGUGGUGCUUAAAGGCCGACCCUGCAAGAUUGUUGAGAUGUCAACCUCCAAGACUGGCAAGCACGGUCACGCUAAGGUGCAUCUGGUUGGUAUCGACAUCUUCUCUGGCAAGAAGUAUGAAGAUAUCUGCCCCUCCACCCACAACAUGGAUGUCCCAAACAUCAAGCGAAUGGAUUACCAGCUGAUUGAAAUUACAGAUGGCUACCUGUCCCUGCUUCAGGACUCUGGCGAUGUGAGAGAGGACCUCAAACUUCCUGAAGGAGAACUGGGCAAAGAGAUCGAGAGCAAGUUUGAAGCCGGAGACGAGAUGAUGAUCACUGUUCUACAUGCAAUGGCGGAAGAGGCUGCAAUUGCCAUCAAAGCCAUAGGGAAAUAAGGCACUGCAGGGGAAAACAAGAUGCACUGGACCUGGGGAAAAGGAAGGGAAUAUUGCCUCGUCAAUGCUAUUCUCCCUCUUUUUUUCUUUAUUUUUGUCUUUUGUUUUCGUAUUCUCUCUCCCACUCUGUACUUUCUGACCCUUCCUUGGGUUUCAAUUAGAGAGGAAAUUAAAAGUACAGGAAAUGGAAAAACUGUUACAAAAAAAAAAACCUUUCUAUGUACAUGCACAUAUAAUACCAAAUCCAAGACUCAUCCAAGUUGUACAGAUUUAACAAUAACAAAAACAAGAACGGGGUAGACGGGGGGGGGGGGGUCUUCUUUAAGAAAUGGUUGCCAAUGACCUAAUAGGUCUAUGUACAUUCAGCAGUUAACCUACAAUCUGAAAAGGUGGUGCAAGUGUCAACAUUUUUUCCUUCUCACUUUUUAAUAAAGCGAUUCCCCUGA